AGGUCCCCGUUGCCGAGCGCGGGCGCGGGGGGCGGAGCUCGGCGGAGACGGGGAAGGGGUCGCCCGGGCUCCCGCUCUUCGAGUCGGGGAGUCGGUCGGGCGCAGUUCCGCGGACGUCCGGCCCGCAGGGCGGGUGGCCGCGGUCUCCUCCGGGCACGCUCAGCUGCGGUCAGAGGCGGCAUGAGUGCCGCGGGGCUGCUGGCUCCGGCCCCGGCCCCGGCUGGAGCGCCGCCGGCCCCGGAGUACUACCCUGAGGAGGAAGAGGAGCUGGAGAGCGCCGAGGAGGACGAACGCAGCUGUCGGGGCCGCGAGUCGGACGAAGACACCGAGGAUGCUAGUGAGACUGACCUGGCCAAGCAUGAGGAAGAGGACUACGUGGAAGUGAAGGAGCAGAUGUAUCAGGACAAACUGGCUUCUCUCAAGAGGCAGUUGCAGCAACUGCAGGAAGGUACCUUACAGGAAUAUCAGAAGAGAAUGAAAAAACUAGAUCAGCAGUACAAAGAAAGGAUCCGAAACGCAGAACUUUUCCUUCAGCUGGAAACUGAACAAGUAGAAAGAAAUUACAUUAAAGAAAAGAAGGCAGCAGUGAAAGAAUUUGAAGACAAGAAGGUUGAGCUGAAAGAGAACCUGAUUGCUGAGCUAGAAGAAAAGAAGAAAAUGAUUGAAAAUGAGAAGCUAACCAUGGAACUUACUGGCGAUUCUAUGGAAGUGAAACCCAUCAUGACCAGAAAGUUGCGGAGGCGACCAAAUGAUCCUGUCCCCAUCCCAGACAAGAGGAGAAAACCUGCUCCUGCUCAGCUAAACUAUUUGUUAACAGAUGAACAGAUCAUGGAGGAUCUGAGAACGUUAAAUAAGCUUAAGUCACCCAAGAGACCAGCAUCCCCAUCCUCUCCUGAACACUUGCCUACUACACCUGCAGAGUCUCCUGCCCAGCGGUUUGAAGCUCGGAUCGAAGAUGGCAAACUGUACUAUGAUAAAAGAUGGUAUCACAAGAGCCAAGCCAUCUAUCUCGAGUCAAAGGACAACCAGAAACUGAGCUGUGUGAUCAGCUCAGUUGGAGCCAAUGAGAUCUGGGUGAGGAAGACAAGUGACAGCACCAAGAUGAGGAUCUACCUUGGCCAGCUUCAGCGCGGGCUCUUUGUGAUCCGUCGGCGGUCAGCAGCUUGACUUUCUACAGUGCUCCUCUUCCCUUUUUCUGGAGUGGUUUUUAUUUUUGUUUUAUCUUGUUUUCUUAAUAGAAAUUUUUUUACCUUGCUGGGAAUAGUUACUUGGCCUUGGAAAUGGAGAACACUGUUGUGGAUUCUGCAAGGCACUUUGCGGCUGGCCUCCUCCAUCUUUGGGUCAUUGUUUCCUGCCUCGACUUCUUCCAGCCAUCAGUCACCAUAGGACUCUCUUAGUUUCAGGAGUAUUGGGAGUUUGAUUUACUUUCCUUUUAUUUUAUUUUUUUUGCUUAUACCUUGUCUUUUUGAAAAGGCCUUCUUUGAGCUUGAAGGGACAACUCUAUUUUGUUAAUUAUCUUUGGAUCUUUCUACCAUGAAUAAGAGCAGGACGAAAUACACUCUACAGUGCAUUUUCAUGUUUUGAAUCUGAUUAGUGGAUCAUGUAGCUACUUCCCUUGUCGAGCCCAAUUCACUGUUUUCCCAGAAGCUUGGGGCAGAGGUCCUAGCAGAAGGAGAUUAAUUCUCCUGGCUCUCAGCCUUCUUGGAGAAAUAAAUGCCUUGUGCAACAUCUGGCGCAUACCAUCCAUUCCACUGGCUGAAUGACAGAAAUUUCCUGGUAGACUGUGUGCACUGAAGUUAAUGGAGUUGGGGGGGAGGGUACAUUUCAUUUUCAUAAUGUGCUGAAGUCACCAUAUUUUAAGUGUUAUUUAAUGCAGGUGCUUUAUUCAAACACAUUUGUUCUGGCUCAAGCUGGGACAAGAAGUCAUUUCAGUAGUUUUCACUUCUAAUUCCUUUCCCUUUCCUUUUCCCAAGAAGAUAGAAAUAGUCCAUGCAACAGGCUGAUUCUCUGGAUUUUCUCUUGUAGGUGGGGAGGAAGACUGAUAGUGCAAUAAUCAGUGAUCUGUAGACUUACACAUAGUACACAUUUCAGUCUUGUUGCAGAUGCCAUCAGUGCAUCUGUUAUUGGCCAUUCUAUACCUGUGGGACCUUGUCUUGAUGUGGGCACUCACAGCCUCUCAAGAGUUCUGGUCCGGGUUGAAGGCAAGGAAAGCUCUGCCAUGACAUCCAGUAAACCUGUGUUGUUCUUGAUGAAUUCUGAGGAAAUGGCCUUCCUUGUACCCGAGUGCUCCUUGCUUUGGUCCCCUGAUUGGAGAAAGGAUUCACUAGGUGAUGGGGUUUUCUAUACUUUGAGAUGUUUAAAGAGCAGGGGUUCCAGUGCCUGGCAGCAUCUCUGUGGGUCAUUAGUAGACCUACCCGUCCCAGGAAAAUGUUCAUAAGUACUUCUGGGUCUCAGUGCUUCUCUUGUUGUUGUCUCUUAAUGUGUUUAUCCCAGAGCAAAUGGAGGGGCUGUGAUAAUGAAUAAUUCACCUAAGAUCUGACUUCUACAAAGGCCCACAAACCUUAUGGACUCAGAGUAAAGACUUGUACAGAUAUAGUUUUAUUUUAAUUUAAAAUUAUUUCUUUUUUUCUUUCCUUUUAUUGGAGUCUUAAUUAGAAAACAGGAUAAAAUGAUGGUAUUUAGCAGAAGUUUCCCGGGCGUUCUGUGUUUCUACCCUGUCCCCCUCUUCCCCACCCACAUUGUUACCAUGUUUAUCACAGGGAACCACAUCAUGGAGAGCCGGGCCUUCACCUCUGAUUUGUUCUUGAUGGCCUGAGCUGUGAGGGAGGACUUCUCUUGCUUAAAUUGUCAUGGGUGUGUGUAAUGUCACAUAUCAGGUAGUUACUGGUAUCAUCUUGUGACCUGUGAUGGUGAUUUCUUUAGGUAAUAGUUACUAUGCUUUUGCCAUUGAAGGUGUUAGGAUUUUAAAUAUUUAUUUAUUUAUUUAUUUUUAUCCACUUGAAAGGCAGAGCAACAGAGAGAGAGAGAGAGAGGCAGGCAAAGAGAUCUUUCAUCUGCUGGUCCAUUCCCGAAAUGCCUAUGAUAGCCAGAGCUGGGCCAAGCUGAAGCCAGGAGGAGGCUAAAAUUCCAUCCAGGUCUUCCGUUUGGGUGACAGGUGCUCAAGCACUUGAGCCAUCAUCUGCCACCUCCCAGGAUGUGUUAGUAGGAAACUGAAUCAGAAGUGGAGAGUAGCUGAGACUUGAACUGGUGCUCCGAUGGGUGUCCCAAGCAGCAAGUUAACCUGUUGUGCCACCACACCUGCCUCUGUUUUUUAAAAAAGUUGUUUUAGUGCUCAUUUUCCUUGUCCUCCUGAACAGUAUACCAAAGUUUGUUUUUAUUAGAAAAGAUAAUAUUAGUAACCACUGGAGGUGCCACACUGAAGCAGCAGGAAGUUGCCUUUUUUUCGUUCCUAGUCUGGUGGUACCUUUGUGCUUUUGUGAAGUAAGUGCUAAUUUGAAGACAGGGUUGAGGCACUUCUGCCUUCUCUCUUCUGUAACUUUUGAGGGUGUUUGAGACUGUGCUUCAGAAAUGGUCUCAACCCUACCACUGCCUUCUCUCAGAGGCAACCAUUAAUUACGAUCUAGUGACUGUGGGGAAAAAUGUGAAGUGGACUCAAGACACUACAUAGUAAAUUACGUUCUAAAUCCUAGAAGAUUUAGUUUUUUAAUGUCAUCCCACAGGUGAAAAAUCAGCAGUUGACCCAUUGUCACAGGUCUGUGUUGACCAGUGUACAGGAAGCUCUCUUAGUUGAUGGAGGAACUUGUGUGAUGGAGAGAAGCUCCACAGAGGGGGAGAACAGACUUAGAAAUUGCUAGAAUUAGAAGAGGCUGACUUUUAGUCUUGGUGGCCAUUGUUAAUCCAAAAGUUCUGUCUCUUGCUGGACCCCAGGGCACCAACUGUUCAAGUGAUACUUUGGAAAAGAUUGGUCCAGACACAUCCUGUUCAUGUGUGAUUUUUAAUCCAGAACCUGCACAUGUGGUGUUAGAGGCUUUUGCCUUAAGUGUGAGAUAACAGUGUUUGCUGUUCUCUCAACCCAUGCCAGCCAUCCUGUUUUUCAGAUAGAUUCCUGUUGCCAUACCAAAGCCAGGAUGUUUCUCUUCAUUUGGAUAACAGUAUUUAAGAAUGUGUAACUACCUAACUUACUAUUUUUUUUUUUUUUAAACUUUUGACGGGGGCCAGAUUUCGAUCCCAGAGGCUGAUCUGCCAAUCAGGCUACAUGUAUUUGUGUACAAGAUCCCGUGUUUAGGACUGGGUGGCUUUUCUAAGAGAAAUGGUGGGGCGGUGGGGAGUGGUGUGAGACAGAGUUGAUUGCAUUUUUUAACCUAACCCUGGGGAGGGAAAGGGAAAUCCUAUUUUUCACAAUGUUUUUGUUUUGUUUUUCUCCUGUCAUUUUCUUUUAACCUUGAAUUUUUACUAAUUUCCUCCUGAUUGAUAAUUUUUGUUCCUCAUCUGGGAAUUUGAAAUCUUAGGGCUUAAUGUUACACCAAUUUUUCCAAAGAGUUCAAACCACUUUAAUACUAGAACACGGUAAAUCUGCAGCUGUUUCAAGCAGCUGGUGGGUUUUUUAUAUAGUGUCUUUAACUGGUACCAUUAAAUGUUCUGAAAGGUGAAUGUAAAAUGUGUAAAGUCUAGGGUUUUUUUUUAAAUAACAAUAAACUUUCAAAGAGAAAACCA